CAUAUUUAUGAUCCGUGCGUGGAUUUUCCACAAAGCGCAUGGGAAAACCCAAAGAAAUUCUAUCGCAACGGUAUGUACUUUCGAUUUGUGCAUUACAAAUUCAUCCAAAUGCCAUCCAAAUAAAAAAGCAGCACGCAAAAAAUUGAACAACACGUGAGAUCCGAAAUUAUCAAAUCGUUGAUGGAUUCACCGAUACAUUCAAUCGUCGUCGAAAAACAGCAGUUCAAAAAACUUCGUAAAUAAAGUAACUGUUGGGUAAUUAGCUUUUCAAUUUAUUGGUGAAAACUUAAAAAAACCCCUUUCAAAGUUUCAUUAGUGUUCUGUUAUCGAGCACAUGAUUGACAUUUUUUUUUUCUAUGAUCCACUUAACCUAUUCGUGAGAUGUCCAACCUUAAAAUUCGUUUUUAAAUUCAAUUAAGUUUAGUCGCAUCGUUUGCCAAAUUUCCGUUAACAUGUUAUUCCAAGAAGUCGAAGAGUUAUUGAAGGGUUACCUACCCUAUUAUAUUUUGAUAUUUCUGCCCAUAUUUAUAAUAAUUUCGCCCGCAAGCCCCGUUUCUGCAACACACGAGUUCCCUGUCCAUAGAAUGCAACAUUACGAUCUGCACGGGGUGCCGUAUGGAAGCAGAGCAGCGGCUGUUAAUUUUGAGGCGCGGGCCGCAACAACUUGGACCUCGUCGAGGCAUUGUGUGGUCGCAAAACUAUUGGACAUUUCAGUUGAGAUGUUUAGAAAUAUAAGAUCUAAAGCAGGUGCCCUAGUUUUAGUGCUGCCUCAAAAUAUUACGAAAUUAUCUCAGGAUGAAAAACAGCAACUCCUGCAUUUGGAGUAUAAAAUGCUUCACGAACAAGAGACGCCUAUACCCGUAUAUUUCGUUCCGUGGAAUCAAAAAAUUGAAGAAGUAGUUGACGAGUUAGCGUCUAUCGAUACAAGCGACACGAAAAAAACAGCAGCUGAAGCAUUAAUCACCACUGUAGCUGCAAACGGAUACCAAGUUGUUAUAACUGCUGGUAACUCGAACCCCAAAAGUGACGUGAAGAUCGCUAGCUUCCAUGGACACUUGCCUGGCUAUAGACCGGAGGGCAAAGUGCCGACCAUCGCAAUAGUAACACAUUACGAUAGUUUCGGAGUAGCUCCUGACCUCUCCUUUGGAGCCGAUUCCAAUAGUUCUGGAGUGAUCAUUAUGCUAGAGCUGAUGAGAUUGUUUUCCGCUCUAUAUGCCGACCAAAAGACUAGAGGAAAGUUCAACAUCCUGUUCGUAUUAACGGGAGGAGGCAAAAUUAAUUUCCAAGGGACGAAAAAGUGGUUAGAAGAUCAGCUGGAUUCUACAGAGAUUUCAGUAAUCCAGGAUACCGCGUAUGUAUUAUGUCUCGACACUUUAGCAACGGCAGAUACAAUUUACAUGCACGUCUCGAAACCUCCCAAGGAGGGUACUCCCUCGUCUUUGUUCUUUAAAAACUUAAAGUCUGCUGCGGAGAGAGGCGAGGAGGUCAGCGUGGAGGGGGUACAUAAAAAAAUCAAUUUGGCCGAUGAUAUUUUGGCGUGGGAACACGAAAGGUUUAGUAUAAGGAGGUUGCCCGCUUUUACGCUAUCUUCCCUGAAGAAUCACAAGGAUUCGUGGAAGUCCACAAUAUUAGAUACCAAAGAAGUACUAGACAUGGACCAAUUAGUGAAGAAUACCAAAGUUAUUGCAGACGCGAUAGGGAAUUAUGUAUAUAAUUUCACCGAGGGGAGUGUAUUCGGAGGCAAUUUUGAUGUGAGUAAAGACUUUAUGGAAGCAUGGCUCGAAUAUUUAUCUAGUCGACCUCGAUCGACUCAACUAUUAUCCUCGAAAUCCAACGCGUUGCUGACUUCAUUGCAGCAAAGCUUCAACGCGCAUUUAAGCGACGUAAAAGUGACAUACUCGAUUCCAGAUAAAAGAGAUCCGGACUACCAAUUUUACGGAUCAACUCAGGGAGUCAUGAAUAUAUACAGUGUUAAACCAGCAAUAUUUGAUCUCGUCCUGAGCAUAGUGAUAGCUCUGUACCUCGGACUAGUCUAUUUAGCAAUAGAAAAUUUUCCUUACUUCUACAUCUAUGUGUGUGGACUAGCAGCCAAGAAGAAAAAUAAAUCUAAUUGACAAAACCUGCAUUACCUUCAGCAAUAUUUCAUUUA